CCAUCCAUGUCGGCUCUUUUUGCCAUGGACUGCCUCCUUGUGCGUUCGCCACUGUGGCGCUGCCUUGCGACGAGCGCGGAACAUGGGGCGAAGUUGCGCAUGACGCGGCGGAUUAAAGGCACUCGGUCGAUCAAGGAGUUGAGGAUGGUGGCACACGAGGCGUUGAUGGCUUCAUACUUUGAUGCAAUCCAUGCAUCGGCGCUCUAUCACCAGCUGGCGUGCCUUCAGCGUGCGACUCCUCCGGCAGAGUUGCCGUCGCAGCUCAAUGGCUUCUGUGCACUGCAGCUGCGGAUGGAGGAGUUGUUGCGAGAGGGUGACGUGAGCCCCAGGGUGUGCGCCAACGUGCUUUGGUCCAUGGCCUACCUCGUUGAUGUGCUCCCCUCCUCGUCCCUGCUGUCGGCCUUGAUUUUGCACCUUCCAAGCAAGGCUGGUGCUAUGGACGCGCAACAGCUGUCCAACAGCUUGUGGGCGACAGCGCAGUUGUGCCACUCCAUGCCUUUGGUGUUUUCCGCAGGUGAGCUGCAGAAGAUGGUGCUUGUACUGGUGGCUGGGAUAUCAUGCAAGGCCAACGACAUGAUUCCUCAGCACUUAUCCAAUUGCAUGUGGGCCACUGCGCAGUUGAAGGAUUUGAUACCUGAUGUACUCAAGCUGGUGCCGACGCUAGUCGCUCGGAUCCCAGCACAGGUAGAGCGAAUGAUACCACAGCACUUGGCCAAUUGCAUGUGGGCUGCUGCUCGUUUGAGACUUUCAGCCGCGUCAGAUGUGGCAAAUUUGGUGCCAGCACUCGCGGGCCAGAUUGGCAGGAAGGCUGGCCAGAUGAACCGUCAGGAACUGUCCAACUGCAUUUGGGCAUCGGCUCAUUUGCUGGAUGUGGCGCCAGGUCAUUUGGCAAAGCUCGUGCCAAUACUUGUGGUUCAGAUCUGUAGGCAUAGCACUCCGAUGAUUCCUCAGCAGGUGUCCACCAGUCUUUGGGCGGCUGCCAUUCUGAAGAAUUCGACGCCAGAGUCUCAAAACGGUGGAUCCAAAUGAUUUUGCACCAUCACCCUCCAACAAGCAUCAACAUGAGUGGAAAUGGACGACAUAUGAGGUUGCACAUGGACAGAUGUUGGAGGGUGUUGGUCUUGAUUGCUGUUCUCUCCCGUUUUCGGCCAUUUGGAAAUUCGCGUCAACAGGGGCCUUUUUCGGUGGGGGAAUCCAAAGGGGGUUGAGGGUUGCAAGCGCAGAACCUCCUAAGGCUCUAGCACUCCACACAGCCACCCCCUUGCGCUUCUGAAUGCGACUCCAAGGAUGUCUUGAAGAUGGUGCCAGGCUUGGCGCAUGAGGCCCGUGCUCAAGCUGAUGAGAUGACACCGCAGGCAUUGUGCACUUGCUUAUGGGCUUCAGCCCACUUCAAGGAAUUGCCUGAGAUGCAGAUUUGGCCAGCGCUUCUUUCACGGAUUUCAUUGAAGAUCUCCGACAUGAAUCUCCAGGACUUGUGCAACACGUGCUGGGCUUUAGUGGUCCUGUUGGAUGCGGAUGAGAGCCGAAUUCACUCACGCAUCAGAUGGAAAGGAGUCGAGAUCGGUUGAAAUGGAAGUGGCCCAGCUGCUACAGCCCCAGCUGCUCCAGCCUUCAAGCUGAAGGGCCACACUGGCAAGAUGAGUGCUCCGGCCUCGGUUGAUGAAGAGCCCAGCUAUAGCUAGCUGCGUCUCUUUGCUGUAUAUUGUAUACAUUGUAUACCUAAAGGUGCCUACUUGCCAGAUGCUGGACGCUAUCACUCAACAUCGGCUUACAGCUGCAUGGCAUUUCAGUCCAUCGCCGCGCGCCUGCAGCGGCGUCCAUGUACCGCUACCGUGGGGACUUCCAAGUACCGCGCCGGGGAGCUGCUGUUUGGAGCGUUUGGUUGGAGCGGUGCAUGAACCAGGGGAAGGAAGAAACUGCUGCCAAGACUCAUCCCGAAGAGCGAAACCAUCGCAGGGCUUGGCACCUUGGGGAGGGGGCCUGCUUUGCUCGAGGUUUUGGUCUUCAGUUUCCUAAGUGGAGAUGGUGCAACUGAUGCAUGGUGGCAAAAAGAAACAACUGACAUUACACAUUGUGAGGCCG